GACUACCAGUUUCACUGUUGAUCCUCAGCAGCCAUUCAUUCCUGGGCAUGUUUAUUCCUGCUCAAGUGAACCCCCACCUGACUUGAGACUUGAAACGUGAGACACCUUGAAAAUUCUAAAAAGCAAAGGUUGACUCAGUGAACGUUCUUCUUCACAAUAAGUCCUCAUAGCUUCAUAUUUAUCUACACUGGAUGAUAUUUCUUAGCUGUGUGGGUGUACCUGAGCAAAAUGAUGAGUUUCUCCUCUGAUGCGAGGACACAGCAUGCUUUUGGUUGGGUUUCCAUCAUCUGGUACACUUCAGCAGUCAGCAUUGCUGGCAGUCAACGUGUGGAGCUGCAGACCAUUUCCCAGGUGGCGGCACAGUGUGGAGAAAAUGUGAAACUGACGUGUGAUGCCAGGCCAUCAGGCGAGAUGAAUAUUGUUAAAUUUAUCUGGCUGGCUAAAAAUAAAACUGUGUGUCAAUAUUCAGAAGACCAACCUCACCCCAAGGUUCUGUGUGAAAGCACAAGCCAACCUCCCCACCACAGCCUCACUCUCACUCUCCUCAACGUGAUGCCGGUCGACGAGGGAACAUACCUCUGCAAACUACACUCUGAUCUGGGAGCACUGUCUAAGAAAACUGUUGUUACAGUACAAGACUGCCUUGGAAGUUUUGGCUACUUCAUCAAUGAGUCUCGUGCGGAGUGCUGGUUCAGUGGAGUUUACCCCAGUGGGACCAUCUCCUGGUUCCAGGGAGAUGUUAACUUACCGGUCCCUGCUGGCACACGCGAAGUGGUGGACCAACUAGGACUGUACAAUGUCUCAAGUACAAUAGAUGUACAGAAAGGAAACUUGAGCCAGCCACAUAGAUGCUCACUGUGGAUAACUUCUGCCAGGAAAUAUCUCAGCAGUCAACAGCUACUUAUGGUUAAGAAACAGACAAGGUCAUCAGGAAGCACGGUCAACCUGCAGUGGAUCUGUGCAAUGGUGGAAAUAAUGUUGGUCAAAUGUGUGACUUAGAAGAAACAGGCAGACUUCAGGUGUUUAUAGAAAAGAUGAAAUAUGGAAAAAAAAGAUUUAAACAAAGAAAAACCUAAAAGGAGCUAAUUUUGAGACAGUAAAGAUUAACAGUGUGAACCUUUUUUGUUUUCAACAUGCUUUCU